UCUGCGUCCUAGGGACAUGAUGGCGGCGGCCGGGGGCCUACUGCGGGCUCUCGUGGGGGCGGCCGGAGCGCGGGCGCGGGGGGCGGCGCGCGCUGGGGCCCUGCUGCCCGUGAGGAGGGAGAGCGGCCCGGGAGCUCGCGACCCGGCGGCGGCGGCGGCGGCGAGCCCGCACCCCACAGUUAAGCACUGGGACGAGGUGACCCACAAGCAGCUCUCUGCCUUUGGGGAAUAUGUGGCCGAGAUCCUGCCCAAAUACGUGCAGCAGGUUCAGGUGUCCUGCUUCAACGAACUGGAGAUCUGCAUCCACCCCGACGGAAUCAUCCCCGUGCUGACCUUCCUCAAAGACCAUACCAAUGCCCAGUUCAAGUCCCUGGCUGACUUGGGAGCGGUUGACGUCCCGACCCGGCAGAACCGUUUUGAGCUUGUUUAUAAUCUGCUUUCUCUGCGCUUCAAUACUCGGAUCCGAGUGAAGACAUAUGCAGAUGAGUUGACACCUGUGGAAUCUGCGGUCUCAGUGCACAAAGCUGCCAACUGGUAUGAAAGGGAGAUCUGGGACAUGUUUGGAGUCUUCUUUGCCAAUCACCCCGAUCUCAGAAGGAUCCUGACUGACUACGGGUUUGAGGGCCAUCCUUUCCGGAAGGACUUCCCCCUCUCUGGCUACAUAGAGGUCCGCUACGACGAUGAGGUGAAGCGGGUGGUGGCAGAGCCGGUGGAGCUGGCCCAGGAGUUCCGGAAGUUUGAUCUGAACAGCCCCUGGGAGGCUUUCCCUGCCUUUCGCCAGCCUCCAGAGAGCCCCAAACUUGAGGCUGGAGACAAGAAACCCGAAGCAAAAUAGCUUCUCACAAGAGCAGAGCCUGCCUUGUCACUGAACAUUUCUGUAAAUAAAAUCAUACCUGUA